AUGUCCAGACUAGGAAACCGCGCCGACUGGGCCGACGACGAGGAGUUCGAUGACCCCUCCGUGCUCCCCCCGCAACAAAUUACGACGAACAAAGAUGGAACGAAGACCGUGAUCUCGUACCGCUUCAACGACGACAACAAGAAAGUAAAGGUAACCCGCCGCAUCAAGACCACCGUUGUCCGUGAACAUGUCAAUCCCCGGGUCGCUGAGCGGAGGGCCUGGGCUAAAUUUGGUCUGGAGAAGGGCCACGCUGCUGGACCUUCGUUCGACACCACCUCCGUCGGCGAGAACAUCUCUUUCCGACCCAGCGUGAACUGGAAGGCCCAGGCUGCCGAGGAGGAGAAGAACGGAGGCGAGAAGGGCAGCAUGAAAGAUCAGCUCAAGGACAAGAAGGUCAAAUGCCGUAUUUGCAGCGGAGAGCAUUUCACGGCCCGCUGUCCGUUCAAGGACACUAUGGCUCCUGUUGACGAGUCUGCCGGUGUCGAAGGUGGUGCCGACGAUGCCCCGGCUGCCGGUGCUGUUGGUAGCGGAUCUGGCAGUUAUGUGCCUCCUCAUUUACGAAAGGGUGCUGCUGGUGGUGGCGAGAGAAUGGCUGGCAAGUACGAGAAGGAUGAUCUGGCGACAUUGAGAGUUACAAACGUGAGCGAGCUGGCCGAAGAAUCAGAAGUCCGGGACCUGUUCGAGCGCUUCGGUCGUGUUACCAGAGUGUUUUUGGCUCGGGACAGAGAAACCCAGCGAGCCAAGGGGUUCGCAUUCAUCAGCUUUGCGGAUCGGAGCGACGCUGCUCGUGCCUGCGAAAAGAUGGAUGGCUUUGGUUAUCGCCAUCUUAUUCUUCGCGUGGAGUUCGCGAAGAGGACUACUUAG